CCGCCGCGGCUCCGGCGCAGAGUGUCCGCCGCGGUGCCCGCUCCGCUGCACUGCCCCCGGGGAUGGGCAGCGCGGCCUUCCUUACCAUCUGUGCUGGCACUGGCAAAGGGCUCAAAACCAGCAGGUUUUGUGCAGAGCAGAGUCUUCUCUUAAUCAGACGCAGGCUGAGUUCAGCAGUGACAACCCCAUGGUUUAAUCUGCCUACAGCUGAAGUCAUCUCUAGUUGUGGUUUUACUCUCCAUUGCUGUGCUUCACAGGAGAGAUUUUCAUGGAUCUCAACAGUGCUAGCACUGUUGUUUUACGAGUCUUGACCCAAGCUACUAGCCAAGAUACUGCAGUGUUGAAGCCAGCUGAGGAACAACUGAAGCAGUGGGAGACACAGCCAGGUUUUUAUUCAGUCUUGUUGAAUAUCUUUACAAAUCAUAGCUUGGAUGUGAAUGUAAGGUGGUUGGCUGUGCUGUACUUCAAAAAUGGAAUUGAUCGCUAUUGGAGACGGGUGGCACCACAUGCUCUCUCUGAAGAAGAAAAAACUACAUUGCGUGCUGGACUUAUCACCAACUUUAAUGAGCCAGUGAAUCAGAUAGCUACUCAGAUCUCUGUACUGAUUGCUAAAGUUGCCAGGGUGGACUGCCCAAGGCAAUGGCCGGAACUUAUACCCACUCUUGUAGAAUCUGUGAAGGUGCAGGAUGAUCUUCAACAGCACAGAGCACUGCUUACCUUUUAUCAUGUUACGAAGACCCUGUCAUCCAAACGGCUUGCUGCAGAUAGAAAACUUUUCUAUGAUCUUACAUCAAGUAUUUAUAGCUUUGCAUGUUCCUUGUGGAAUCAUCAUACAGAUACAUUUCUACAGCAGAUUUGUGCGGGGAAUGAAGCUGCAGCUGCAAAUUCACUAGAAAGGACCUUGUUGUCAUUGAAAGUGCUUCGGAAACUAACAGUUCAUGGCUUUGUAGAACCUCAUUGGAACGCAGAGGUGAUGGGUUUUCUACAUGCUGUAUUUGAACGGCUUAAACAGUUUCUGGAGUGUAGUAGAAGUAUAAGAGCAGAAAACAUAUGCAGGGAUCGUCUAGAAAAGACUAUAAUUCUGUUCACUAAAGUGCUUUUGGACUUCCUAGAUCAACAUCCUUUUUCAUUCACUGCUUUGAUUCAGAGAUCAUUGGAGUUCUCUGUGAGCUAUGUUUUCACAGAAGCUGGUGAAGGAAUUGUAUUUGAGCAGUUUAUUGUACAAUGCAUGAAUCUCAUUAAGAUGAUUGUAAAAAAUUAUGCAUAUAAGCCAUCCAAAAAUAUUGAAGACAGCAGUCCUGAAACUCUUGAAGCACAUAAGAUAAAGACAGCCUUUUUCACAUACCCAACACUAAUGGAAAUAUGUAGGAGAUUAGUCACUCACUAUUUCUUGCUGACGAAGGAAGAAUUGACUAUGUGGGAAGAGGAUCCAGAAAGCUUCACUGUAGAAGAGACAGGAGGAGAUUCUUGGAAGUACAGUCUCAGACCAUGCACAGAAGUUCUUUUUAUUGAUAUUUUCCAUGAAUAUAAUCAGAUCCUUACCCCAGUACUUUUAGAAAUGGUUCACAGUCUACAAGGAUCUACCAACAUAGAAGAUACCAAUGCUAUACUGAUCAAAGAUGCUGUGUAUAAUGCGGUUGGACUCGCUGCUUAUGAACUAUUUGAUAGUGUCGAUUUUGAUCAGUGGUUUAAAAAUCAACUAUUAGCAGAACUACAAGUUUCUCAUGACAGGUAUAAACCAAUACGCCGACGAGUAAUAUGGCUGAUUGGACAGUGGAUUUCUGUAAAAUUCAAAUCAGACUUGAGACCUGUUUUAUAUGAAGCAAUUCGUAACUUACUUCAAGACCAUGACUUAGUGGUCCGUAUCGAGACAGCGACAACACUGAAGUUAACUGUAGAUGACUUUGAGUUCAGAACUGACCAGUUCUUACCGUAUCUGGAAUCCAUGUUUACGCUGCUCUUUCAGCUACUUCAGGAAGUAACACAGUGUGACACUAAAAUGCACGUUCUUCAUGUCCUGUCUUGCGUGAUUGAAAGAGUCAAUAUGCAGAUACGACCAUAUGUAGGAUGUUUGGUUCAGUAUUUACCACUCCUUUGGAAGCAGAGUGAGGAGCACAACAUGCUACGAUGUGCCAUUCUAACCACCCUAAUCCAUCUCGUCCAGGGACUGGGAGCAGACAGCAAAAAUCUCUAUCCUUUUCUACUUCCAGUUAUUCAGCUAAGUACAGAUGUUUCUCAGCCUCCACAUGUCUAUCUUCUGGAAGAUGGUUUAGAGCUGUGGUUAGUGACACUGGAGAAUAGUCCAUGUCUUACACCAGAGCUCCUGAGAAUAUUUCAGAACAUGUCUUCCCUCCUUGAGCUGAGUUCAGAAAACCUCAAAAAUUGCUUUAAGAUCAUCAAUGCUUAUAUUUUCUUAUCAUCAUCUGAAUUUUUACAGAUGUAUGCUACUGACUUAUGCCGGUCAUUUUGUGAACUUUUGAAGGACAUAACUACUGAAGGUCAAGUUCAAGUUUUAAAGGUUGUAGAAAAUGUCCUAAAAGUAAACCCUGUAUUGGGUCCCCAAAUGUUUCAACCCCUUCUACCAUCAGUAUUCAGGGGGAUUAUAGACGGGGAGAGAUACCCAGUGGUGAUGUCUACUUAUCUGGGGAUCAUGGGUAGAGUUCUACUACAAAAUGCAAGGUUUUUUUCAUUACUUCUGAGCCAGAUGGCAUGUGAAUUGGGUCAAGAGUUGGACCAAAUUCUUGGUAACAUGAUUGAAAUGUGGGUUGAUCGGAUGGAUAACAUCACUCAGCCAGAAAGAAGGAAACUUUCUGCUUUGGCAUUGCUUUCUCUUCUACCAUCAUUGAAUGGUGUUAUCCAAGAUAAAUUUUGUGGUAUCAUCAACAUUUCAGUGGAAGGACUACAUGAUGUUAUGACUGAAGAUUCUGAAACAGGAACAUACAAAGACUGCAUGUUAAUGUCUCAUUUUGAAGAGCCCAAAGCUACAGAUGAUGAGGAACCUCCUACAGAACAAGACAAAAGGAAAAAAAUGCUUGCACUGAAGGACCCUGUACACACUGUGUCAUUGCAGCAGUUCAUCUAUGAGAAGCUAAAGGCACAGCAGGAAUUAGUGGGAGAACAAGGUUUUCAGGCCCUUAUGGAAACUGUGGAUACAGAAAUAGUUGCCCAGCUACAAGAAUUUUUACAAGGCUUCUAAACAAGCAGAAAAAAGAUUUUGUAUGUCCAAUUUUUCUUUCAAAAAAUAAAAAGAAAGAACUUCCAUCUUGUAUGGAAGAGCCUAAUGGAAGGUGAAAAUGACUUGUGUUAAAAAAUAAAAAUAAGUUUCUGCUGUUGCUAUUAAA